GAUCUGAGCAUGAAUGAUUAAGCAUUAAUAAUCUGAUAUGAAAUAUAAAAAUAUUGUUCGAAUUUGAAAUUGUUUUUAUUGGAACCGAGUUAUAUAAGUACUACUAAAAACAAAAUAUAUACGCUAUUCUAUAAUACGCAUUUCUAUAAUAAUUAUAAAUUAAUAAAUAAUGGCUGAUGAAGAUUUCGAUGGAGACGAAGUCGCAGAUGAUUUCGACGAUGUAGAUGACGAGGAUAAUAUUGAGUUAGAACCUCAGGAAGAUGAUGGUGAAAACAUCGAAUUGUUGAAUGCUAAUGAAACUUCUGGUGGUGUUCAAAGAUCAAAGAGAAUAACGACGAGAUAUAUGACGAAAUAUGAAAGAGCAAGAGUUCUUGGUACAAGAGCAUUGCAGAUAGCAAUGUGUGCUCCUGUGAUGGUAGAAUUAGAAGGUGAGACAGAUCCAUUGCAAAUUGCUAUGAAGGAAUUAAAGCAACGAAAAAUUCCUAUUAUUAUACGCCGCUACCUGCCUGAUAAUAGUUACGAAGAUUGGGGUAUCGAUGAAUUAAUUAUAAUAGAUCAUUAAUCUCAACCUCAAAGCAAAUUAUAUUGUUUCUUGACAACUACAUUUAUUAUUGAUACAAUAAAAAAAAAAUCUUGUUCUAAGUCAUUAUUUUUAAAUUGUAUCGUAGGCUAUUAGAUUCUUCCUUUUUUUAUUUCUUGAUAUCCUUUGGACAGAUUACUUUAAGGUUUUAUACUUAGGCUAUAUUCCAAAACGUCUUCUCCAAGAAAGAUUUCACUCUAUAGUAUUUCGAGUAAGAAGGAAUUUUUGGAACGUAGCCUUGGUACCUUAUAGUUAUUGCUAUUCUACAAUUGCAUUACAAUUAAUGGAACAUCAGUUCUCUCAGUAUAUUCAUAUAAUUUUACAUUGCAUUAAUUAAUAAAAGUUUUAUUAGACUUACAAAAAUUGAAUUGGUUACAUUUUUUUAAAUAAAAAAGGUAAAAUAUCAUUUAAAAGUAUCAUUCCAAUUUCCAAUAUGAUUUUGAUAUGAAUAUGAAUUGAAAUCGAUGUAGAGAAUAAUAUGAAAUUAAUAAAACAUGAAUCAAUAAUGA